AUGGACGAAAGCAAUAUCCCUAUCGAUAUUAAUAUCGGAAAGCUGCAAGACUGGCUAGUUAGUCGAAGACACGUGUCUAAAGAAUGGCAAAAAAAUAUUAUUCCUAUAAGGGAAAAAAUCAACAAUGCCAUCCAAGAUAUGCCAGUUCACAACGACAUAGCUGCUUUACUUUCAGGCAGUUACAUUAACUUCUUCCACUGUCAAAAAAUAAUUGAAAUUUUAAAGGAAACUGAAGCAGACACCAAGAAUCUAUUUGGCAGGUAUGGCUCUCAGAGAAUGAAGGAUUGGCUUGAUGUAGUGAAGAAUUAUGAGCGUGAUAACCUAUACAUAGCUGAGGCAGCUCAAAUGUUAGCUAGAAAUAUUAGCUAUGAAAUACCAGGGCUGAAAAGACAAAUCACUAAAGAGGAACAAAUACAAGCUGAUUGUGAAAAGAAAAAGAAUGAUUACCUGAAAAGUGAGGGAUCGGCAAAAACAGAGUUCUUGAAUUCAUGUAAGCAGCUUGGAAUUAAAGGUGAUAAGAUUAAGCAAGAACUUGUAGAAAGAUUGCAGGAAUUACCAGCAAUAUAUGAUAAAAUUGGCAGUUCCUUAAAGCCACUCCGUCCCAGCAUAGACUUGUAUUCUGCAUUUACAAAGUAUAUUUUGGGGGAUAAUGCAUCAGAAGUGUUGCCGUUGCUUCAAUAUGUGGUGGAGCAUGGAAAUACUACAGUAUAUGAGUGGAUGUAUGGCGAAGCCCCACUAAGUGUGGAACCAGAUCCAAUUCAUAUAGAAGUAACUGAAGAAGAACAAGGUGGUGGUGAUCAGGAAGAUGGUGCAAUAGAUUUUGGUGGCUUGGACACUUCACCAGAAAUUGAUUUUGGUGAUGGUGAUGCCGGUGGUGAAAUUGAUUGGGGUACAAUUGACACUGUACCUGAAAUAGAUACAUCACCUGAUUUUGUGGGAGAUAGCUUGCCUGAUGAUUCUUUCAUAGUCGUUGAAGAAGAUGGGUUAGGAGGUGGUGUCGCUCGUGGAACAGAAGCCCUAACUUUGUUGGACAAUCCUAAAACAAGAAACCAGCUAAUUGAUCAGCUAGUUGAGCUGGAAUCAUUCCUAAAAAUGCGUUUACACGAGACCCAUAUAUCUAAUGAGAGCCAGAGCUUCUCGCUCAUACAGCAGCUACCGACGGAGAGCUCAGACGCACUGGCCGCUAUGUUGGCCACAGUACAAGACGCCAGUAGGGCCUUAUUGGCACCGGAGAUAGCACAUUUGCAUAAUGUCAAGCAUUCUAACAAAUAUGUAGACGUUUUAACAGCACAACUCCAGCAAAAGCUUGUGAUGUGCGAUAAGAUGUCGCGUCUCGCGCAAAGGGAGAGCGAAAGACGACAAGCGGCGAGUGAAAGGGCAGCGGAACUUAGGCCGCUACUCACGCGUUUAGUUGAGAGAACUGUGGAGCUUCAAGCUAACAUUGAAAAGGAGAUCUCCAAGAAGUACAAAGGCCGUCCCGUCAAUAUAAUCGGUGGAGUGAAGUUUUUAUAA